AUGCGAAUAAUUUUUUCAUUUUCAUUAUUUAAAUUGCAGCCUACACCUUUAUUACUUUUACUGGGAGUUUGUUUCCUCAUCAACCUUGAUGAAACUGCUGGUGGAAAAGUUAAGUUACUAGCCUUUAAGGGACCUCGUGCCGGCUUUGUGGGUCUCAAGGUUCGCACUCCCAAGCUGCUGGGCCUAAAAAGCGGAUUGGUGGGUGGAGCAGCUGGAUUUGGACUCGGUGCGGCUGUGGGCGCUAAGUUGGGCGCUGGAUUAGCUGGAUUAGGAAGCCAUGGUGGGGGUCUAGGAGGUGGUCUUGGAGGAGGAUAUGGCGGAGGAUACGGCGGAGGACACGGCGGAGGUUACGGCGGAGGAUAUGGCGGAGGAUACGGCGGAGGUUACGGCGGAGGAUAUGGCGGAGGAUACGGAAGGAGCAGCGGCUACGAACACCAUGAGUACCACGAAAGCCAUCACAGUGAAGGAUCCAGUUACGGUGGUGGAGGCGGCCUGUGGAAAAAAUAG